AUGUCCCGCAAGUCUUCAAGCCGCUGUAGUCAUGAGAACCUCACUUUCACGUCCUCGAGCAACGCAGUCGUUGCAGGCUAUAAAAGGCAAACACUCCUACAACGCACAGCUGCAGCAAGCACACAGGUAAUAAAGGCAAACUCGUCAUCUGCAAAAGAAGCAAAGCCUUCAACAUUCCCAGCGCCGCUCGUCCUCCCAGAAGACGAAUUAUCAUGGGACCCCACGGACCCACCGCAAAGUCUACGGUCAUGGAGUGGGGAACAGCACAGGAAUAAAAUCACACCUGAACGCAGGACAGUCUAUCUCGCUGCACCCCCAAGCUUCUCACCCGAAGUAUCCUUUGCCCAAAAGUGGAGUCAACCCAAAGGUGCACGUGCGAGAUCGAAAUCUGGUGAGCAAGUGAAGGUAGAAGUCCAGGACGUCUUGGAGUAUCUACAAGCGUUUUAUCAUGGACUUCCCGUCAAGCUUCUGCCUUCACCCAACCCGAUCUUCACCAACGACGUCGACGACAUGGAGGUUGACCUUCCCCCAAAAACAGCAAAAGGAAAACCGGAACGCCAAACUCUCUGGCUGAACACGCAUACUCCGGUGGGCUGCGUUGGUAUACGCAGUCGCCCCAUGCCGAAAGGAGAAUUUUCUCAUCAGCUUAAUCUAAACGACCUACUGGACGCGGCAAUAGAGAUUCUACCCAAGGAUGCCUAUGCGUUCCUAAUGCUGGUCGAGCAUGACAUCUAUGAAGACGAAGAAGAUGAUUUCGUCUGCGGGCGCGCAUAUGGCGGGUCUAGAAUCGCGGUUAUUUCAACAGCUAGGUACAACCCUGCUCUUGAUAUGAAGCAGAAUAUCGAGAGGGAGCAUGGGUGGCCCGCGAGCCAUUGUGAGAGGUAUAUCAAGUGGUGUGUUGAUGGCCUAGAGGAGGUUGGGGGGGACAAGAAGAGGAAAAGAGAGGAAGGCGAGUCAUCUGGUGAAAAUGUCAUGAGUCCAAUGCAGGCAGCACUCGCAGCUCAUAAUUCCCUCCCGUCUCUCGCCCAGGGCAGACCUUCACCUGCGGCGCUUUCAGCACUAUGGCUUGCGCGUGCCUGCCGCACUGCUGCUCACGAACUCGGCCAUUGUUUCGGGAUAGGCCACUGCGUGUACUAUGCGUGCUCUAUGCAGGGUACUGCUUCUAUUAUAGAAGAUGCAAGGCAGCCUCUGUAUUUGUGUCCUAUCGACUUGGCCAAGGUUCUGAAUGCGACUGGAGCCAAUUUAAAGGAGCGGUACCAAGCACUCCUUGCAUUUUGCGAGGGUAAGAAUGAAGGGCAGGUAUUUAAGGCUCACGGCGCGUGGAUUAAGGCUAGACUCGAUGAGAUCAUGAGGGAGGAGUCGAACUAG